AUGCCUUGGAAUCGAGUAUCAGAGACUCGAUGGGAGCGUCCCCUGAGCGGCUACGAAAACUUCUUUGUCGGCGUAGCAUCGCUCACUGCCGGCUUGAGCGGUGGCCGUGAGCACUUCAAUAUCUUCUGCGCGAUCAAAGUCGAGCUACCCUUUGCCGAUCCGAUCCCGGUGCUUAGACAUGCCUGGAAGCAGCUACGCCACGAUCAGCCCCAAAUAGCGAGUACUGUUGAAGGCACGACCAAAAUCUACGAGACCCCGGUCAGUGAAGAGGCUCUGGAACAGUGGUUGGACAAGACAUUCCUCGUUGCCCGUGACGCCGAAGACGCCGACGGGCUAUAUAAAAAUAUCCCCAUAAACGAAGAAACAUCGCUGUACUAUGUUCCAAACUCCCAGGAGCUUGUCUUGCGUACGUCUCACUACAACUUUGACGGCGUCGGGGCCUUACUUUUUUGGGACGCGUAUCUUAAGGCGCUCGCCUCUCCUUCCCCGGACAUCAAGUUCGGCGAGGAAGGCGUCAGGCUGGACCCAACGAUGAAAGAGAUCCUGGGCCAUCCGGACGCAUCACGGGAGCUUCAGAGCGAGGCUGACGCUCUCGUCGCCAAAUUCAUUGAUGCGUCACCAGGGAUCGGGCCAGAGAACAAGGCAGGCCUUGCACCCAUCGGCCGCGCCUGUAACAUAAGCGUCGCGUUCACCGCCGACAAGAGCGCCGCACUCUUUGCUGCCUGCCGGCGAAAAGGCGUCACAGUUACCUCUGCGGCCCACGCAGCUUAUAUUGCGACAAUCAGUCACCAUACCGACCCCAGCACGAGACAGGAUGAGUACGUGAGUUCCAUCGCCUAUAAUCUCCGGGACUAUCUCCCUGCGUCGUACAACACGAGCCAGCAUGCUGCAAAUGUCUGGUAUGCGGCUCAUCCCUUCCACCUUCCGCUACCCAUGUCGUUCUGGGACAUGGCCAGGGAGAUUGGGCGCGUCAAUUCAACGGCGUACAAAGGCAAUCCUCGCGCUCUCGAGUUCCGCGAGCCCCUCUCACAGUCCUUGGCUAAGCUCAUGCUAGCGCCCGAGGCUCUCCAAAAGCCAAUUGCGAAAGAUGCAUUCGUGAGCAGUUUGGGCGUCGUGGAGAAAUUCAUCCAGCGCGAGUACAAGCAUGGCGAGAACAGCAUCAAUGUUCUUGACGUGAAGCAGGGCUUGGACGUAAUCAUGGGUUUCAGUUCGGUACAUAUCCUGACAUUUGCGGAUCGUUUGAGAUUCACUUACAGUUUCAAUGAUGGUUAUGAAGACCCGGAGGAGAUUCGGAAGCAUUUGGCGGAGAUGAUCGUCGUGCUUGAGGCGGAGCUGCUUGAGGCGGAGCUGCUUGGGCACUAA